AUGGAGCCCAUCACAAUAGACUCCAGCGACGAGGAGAACACGGCUCCCAAUGGAGCUUACGACAGGCCUGCGACCGCCCGAGACCCAAGGAUGCGCCCUGGCACGUCCUACGCCGGCAGACCCACAAGAGCCAGCCCAACCGGGAUCCGACAGACUCGAGGCCCUACCCGAGCCCCGUCGCCCCCGAUGCGGCCAACUACGUCCAGAGCGCCACCGCGCCGGGCCACGCCGCGCCCGAUGUCCGAGUCUUCGGACGAGUCUCCCCCAGCCUCGCCACCACGGCGCGCCGCGCCACCAACGCCUCCACGACCCUCGGGCCGCUCGAUCUCCCCGUUCUACACGGACAGGACUGGGCGCAGGAUCCCAUGCUCUCAAGCUCCGCCGUCGGGACCCUACCAAGGUUCGCACAACCCGGAUGCGCCGGGCCACUCCCGAUGGUUCUACAACCCGGGCCCCGCUCCAGGAUAUCCAAACCCGACCGCUGCCCCGACACGCGACGAUGACUACUUGCUGGAAGAUGUCACUGACAGCGAUGCCACACCGCCGUACCCCGGAUACCACGGGGAGGAAGCCAGUGAGCAGGACGAUGACGACGCGCAAACGAUCAGUAGCGAUAGCGCGCCAGACGAUGGUGCCCCCUCGGCAGCACACUACCGAUGGGAAGGAGAGGAACGGUACGGCUUCUGGCGGGGAUCGUGGAUCCAACUAAUCCACAACCGCUAUACCUCCAUCCUCAUCGAGGCACCCUUCCGGCCGACUCCCGACCCGAUCAUCACCUUUCCCCCGUCACCGGAGAGGCUAUGCAUAAUGGCCCCGGACGAGGACUGGGAAAUGGACGUGGGGAACACACCCGAGGUCCGCCCGCCGUCGCCAGCACUGGGGGAAGAUGCGGCCCUACCCAUCUUCCCCGGCGACUGGGCAGGUGACAACGCGCCAUUGACGUCAACGAGCAAACAAGCGCUCCACAUCAACCAGACAUACGACGACGCACCAUUGGCGUCCACGAGCCAACAAGCGCUCCGCAACCAGACAUACGACGACGCACCAUUGGCGUCCACGAGCCAACAAGCGCUCCGCAACCAGACAUACGACGACACACCGCUAGCAUCCUCGAGCCAAGGCUCGAUCCCCACCGCCAGCGAGACCACCGAGCAGGGCUACCAGCCCACCGGGAAGGCCAUGCAGUGGGAGUCGGAGUCCAGUGAUAGCGAAACCGAGACGGGACAGAAGUUCCGCCGCAAAGAGACGCGACCCCGACCACCGCCGAACAUUGCCGCGCCAAGUCAUCGAUCCUCGGUCCACCGCCGCGGGAUAUCCACCGAGAGGAACGCGCUGCCCAACGCUGCCGAGGCCAACCGCCGGGCAGCGAACCAUAGCCGCUCCACUAUCAACGAGGAGGUCACUCCACCGGCCACCCCACGUGUCGGCCCCGGAGAUCGCGGGUUCGACCUCUCUCCAGGCACGCUGGACGUGCUGAUGGGGGGAGCUCGAACCGGGAGUAGAAGGGCUUCUACAGGAGUUAAUCCCAGACUGGGACCCGAGCGCCCCUCCGACAACGCCAGCCCCGGCCACCACCGCCGACGAGGUCCCACUGACCAUUUCCCCGACCCACAUCACCCGAAUUCUGGGCGAGAUCAAGCUAAUUCCGCCAGGAGUCCGCCGGAGUUGCCACUCCGCGCGUCCGCGAAAGCAGUACAGGCAAGCAGUGAGCGCAAGCAGUGCCUGAAAGCAGUUCGCGACAAGCAGCUUUGUGUCAGGGACCGACCGAUCAAGCAGAUCGACGAGUCGAUAAAAGCAGCGCGGCGGCCAGCCAUUGACAAGCCUGCUCCUAGAGCAUCUAGUGACGACAUCGUCCAGCAGCCAUGUUGCCGACCCUCGAUGAUCAGAAUUUAG